AUGGCUUCUGCUGGUCCUAAGAAAUGUACGAAAGAUGACUUGAACAAUGUGGACGACCAAAGUAUCCGGAUGAGUGCCUUUGAUGAGUUGGCGAAGAUGGAUGAAGAUGAGGCUGUGCUUCGUGCUAAUGGACACGCCGCUGCAAUGCCUCGCCAGUUCAGUUGGCUAUCUGCGUUAGGUCUUGGGUUCUCAAUUACCAACUCCUGGAUCGGAUACUUUAGCUGUUUUGGGCAAAAUUUGAUCUAUGGAGGAGCCCAGGCUACUAUAUUCAGUCUCAUUGUGGCCUUUUUCUGCCAGGGUAUUGUCACUCUUGGCGUGGGGGAGCUAGCCUCUGCGUAUCCAUCUAGUGGUGGGCAAUAUCACUUUUGCUACAUCUUGAGCCCCCCUCGAAUGAAGAAGUAUUCCGCCUAUAUUGUGGGAUGGAUCUCCAUGCUUGCCUGGUGGACAGUAACUUGCUCUGGCAUUUCACUCGCGGCUGUAGUCCUAAACGGGCUCAUCAGUUUCUGCAUACCGAGUUACGAAGCCAAUCAGUGGCAAACAUAUGUGGUUUAUGUGGCAGUGUCCUUUACAACAGUUAUCCCAGUGUUCAUUGCCGAUAAAGUCUCAUUCAUUGCGCAGCUAUCCCUCUUUCUUUCCCUUGGAGGCUACUUGGUAUUCUUUAUUACGUCUCUUGUCAUGCACCAGCACACUCAGCCAGGUUCGUAUUUGACAGAGUCUGGCUUGGGAAACAGUGGUUGGAAUCCGGGCGCCGCGUGGCUACUUGCCAUUAGUAACGCCAUGUAUGCCUACGGCGGCACAGAUGGAGUAAUCCAUAUCUGCGAAGAAAUGCCAAGGCCCGGCAAGAAAGUGCCUCAAGUAAUGAUGGCGACCAUGGUCAUUGGUCUUGUCACCUCAUUAUCUUUGUUCAUUAUCUUGAUGGUAUUCAUGGUAGAUCUCGACGCUGUUCGCACGUCAACUCUACCUAGUCUUGAGCUCAUGUACCAAGUAACCGGAAGUAGAAUGGCGACUGUCGCUCUCUUUGUGCUGAUCUUUGUGGUCUAUUUCAUCUCCCUUCCGAACCAGUGGGUGACUUGUGGCAGAAUCGCGUGGGCGUUCGCUCGAGAUAAUGGUACACCCUACCCAGAAUUCUUUUCCCAUGUUCAUACGAAGCUACAGUUCCCGGUCAACGCUACUAUCGCUGCAUUCAUCUUCACUUGCAUCUAUGGCCUCCUUUACCUAGCAUCGACUACUGCUUUCAACUCUAUAAUUACAUCGGCCGUUCUUUUCCUGAACAUCUCGUACGUUGUGCCCCAGGGAAUUCUUCUCUUUGGAGACCGAACUGUGCUCCCCAAGCGAUAUCUCAACUUCGGUUGGUUUGGUUAUUUCUGCAAUGUGUUCUCGCUAGUUUGGAUUAUAUUGCUCGGUGUCUUGAUUUGCAUGCCACCUGGUCUUCCGGUUCAUUUGCAGUCGAUGAACUACACGCCUGUUAUUGUUGUCGGAGUGGUCGUCUUCAUCAACCUCCUGUGGCUCUUCUCGGGUCGGAAGAGUUUCGAGGGACCCCAUAUUGACUGGGAAGCCCUGAAAGCCGGUGUUUAG